AUGAAUCUAUGGAUACCACCUGUUACGUCAGUUCCUUUACUGCGAAAUUUAAAGCGUACUAUAGAAAGCAAUAAAAUUUUACCACGCCGUUUAUGUUAUUUCUCAGUAGAGUUUAUUUUUAACGAUCCGUUAUUUGAAACCGACCAAGUUCCUG